AUGACGACGUUAACUCACCGGACACGGCGGGCGGAGGUCGGCAGGAACACAGACAAGAGGCCGGAAGGCGAGGAGGACUCCCAGCUAGACGACCAGUUGGGUGACGGCGAAGCUGGUGAUUCCAAAGACAUCCGCUUGACCCUCAUGGAGGAGGUGCUUCUGCUGGGCCUGAAGGAUAAAGAGGGCUACACAUCUUUCUGGAAUGACUGCAUCUCCUCGGGCCUGCGUGGCGGCAUCCUCAUCGAGCUGGCCAUGAGAGGGAGGAUACAGCUGGAGCCGCAAACCAUGAGGAAGAAACGGCUGCUGGACCGCAAGGUCCUCCUCAAAUCGGAUGCCCCUACUGGAGACGUGCUUCUGGACGAGACGCUCCGCCACCUCAAAGCCACCGAACCUGCUGAGACGGUGCAGACGUGGAUCGAGCUACUGACAGGCGAGACGUGGAACCCCUUCAAGCUGCAGUACCAGCUGCGCAAUGUCCGCGAGCGGAUCGCCAAGAACCUGGUGGAGAAGGGAAUACUGACAACGGAGAAGCAGAACUUCCUCCUCUUCGACAUGACGACCCACCCGGUGACGAAUACCACGGAGAAGCAGCGCCUGGUGAAGAAGCUCCAAGAGAGCGUCUUGGACCGGUGGGUCAACGACCCCCACCGCAUGGACAGGCGGACCCUGGCGCUGCUGAUCCUGGCCCACGCCUCCGAUGUGCUGGAGAACGUCUUUGCCAACCUGGUCGACGAGAAGUACGAUGUGGCCAUGAACCGUUCCAAGGACUUGCUGGACAGAGAGCCUGAGGUGGAGGCCGCCAAGGCGGGCAGCGUGGAAAUGAUUUGGGCCGUCCUGGCCGCUUUCAACAAGUCCUAAAAACCGUGCAGACUUCUGCCUUUCCCUCUAGGAAUCAGACCUCUCAAUCGGGGGAAUCU